AUGACUGAACCACAAACUACAACAGACAAGGAAAAUAUUUUAGGAUUAGUUCAUAUAUUAGACAUAGUAUUAACUGAAAAACGUGAUUUAUGUUUCAAUCAAAAUGAUGUUAAUCAAUUACUUCAUGAAUUAGACAAUGAAUUAGCUAAACUAGACAAUAAUCCAUCGGCAAUAGAUAUGUUAAGCAAAACAAAAAUCAUACAAUCAAUGAAAAUCGUUGAAAUUAAUAUUUUACGUCAUUUAAUGGAACAAUUCUUACCACAUUCACCUUUAUUAAUAAUAAUUAUGAACAUUAUUCAAAAUGAAUUUUUUAUCGAAAUGAAAUUAGAUAAAAAUUUAAACGAUAAAUCUUUUGUUUUAGCCCUAGAUUAUUUGUGUUCAGUUUCAAAUAUUAAUUAUUUAUGUCAACAAGUACAAUUUGAUGACAAUAGUCGAAAUAUAUACGAAUUAUUUUUAAGACUUUUUAGUGCUAUAGGUGCAAGAGCUCUAUAUAAUAAAGUGAAAUAUUAUCCUUCAUCAGCUAUAUUAAAAUCAAGUGUCAAUACUGUUUUUGAUGAUUAUUAUCAAACAUUAUUAAAAGCCUUUAUUCUCUACAUUGAUAACUAUUUUUCAACAUCAGCUACAAAUAAAUAUCCAGCCAUGCCUUUUGUCAUCACAUUACUUUUAAGGUUAACAGAUAAAAUUAGUUAUGUACCCUAUUUUAUUGAAAUCGGUUAUCCCGAAUCAUUGUUAAAAUGGUUAUCUUUGAAAAAUUUAAAUAAAUUUUCAAUCUCAAUUUG